AUGGAGCCCCCCGACACCGCCGCCGCCCCCACGGACAGCGCCCAGCGGCCCGACACCCCGGGCUGGCGCGGCUGCCUGCGAGGCCUGCGGGGCGCGCUGCCGCCCGACGUGCGACAGGAGGCGGCCGCGCUGGUGGCGCUCGCGGGCCCGGUGUUCCUGGCGCAGCUGAUGAUCUUCCUCAUCAGCGUCGUCAGUUCCAUCUUCUGCGGGCAUCUGGGCAAAGUGGAGCUGGACGCCGUUAUGCUCGCAGUGUCGGUUGUGAACAUUACUGGGAUUUCCGUGGGGACUGGCUUGGCAUCGGCUUGCGACACACUCAUGUCUCAGUCCUUUGGAGGCAAGAACCUAAAACGCGUGGGGAUCAUCCUUCAAAGAGGAAUCCUCAUCUUGAUGCUCUGUUGCUUUCCUUGCUGGGCCGUCUUCAUCAAUACGGAGCGCAUCCUCCUGCUCUUGAAACAAGACCCCGAAGUCUCCAGGAUAGCCCAGAUUUAUGUGAUGAUUUUUAUUCCUGCUCUUCCUGCAGCAUUCCUGUUCCAGCUGCAGACGAGGUACUUACAAAGUCAGGGCAUCAUCAUGCCGCAGGUGAUCACUGGGAUCGGGGUGAACGUGAUCAACGUGGGCAUGAAUGCCCUCCUGCUCUAUGCCCUGGACCUCGGCGUGGUAGGAUCUGCCUGGGCAAACACCACUUCCCAGUUCCUCCUGUCUGCUCUUCUUUUCCUGUAUGUGUGGUGGAAAAAAAUCCACGUCGACACUUGGGGAGGUUGGACUUGGGACUGUUUGCAGGAAUGGGGCUCCUACAUCCAGCUGGCUAUUCCCAGUAUGUUCAUGGUGUGCAUUGAGUGGUGGACCUUUGAGAUCGGAACUUUCCUUGCAGGACUGAUUAGUGUGACAGAGCUUGGGGCCCAGGCCAUCAUUUACGAACUAGCCUCUGCAGCCUACAUGCUGCCCCUUGGCUUUGGUGUGGCGGCCAGUGUCCGCGUGGGCAACGCUCUAGGUGCGGGGAAUGCUGAGCAGGCUCGGUAUUCCAGCAUCACCGUUCUCCUGUGUGCGGGUGUUUGUGCGCUCAUAGUGGGCGUUUUAAUUGCGGCUGUGAAAGAUGUGGUUGCCUACAUAUUUACCAGUGACAGAGAUAUCAUUUACCUUGUGAGCCAAGUGAUGCCUAUUUUUGCUCCCUUUCAUCUAUUUGAUGCACUUGCGGGCACCUGCGGGGGAGUCCUUCGAGGUACAGGAAAACAAAAGAUUGGUGCUAUCUUGAAUGCCAUUGGUUAUUAUGUUUUUGGUUUUCCCAUUGGAAUAUCUCUGAUGUUUGCUGCUAAACUUGGGAUAAUAGGUCUCUGGUCUGGAUUGAUCAUCUGUGUUUUCUUUCAAGCCCUUUUCUAUUUGGUGCUCAUCUGGAGGACAAACUGGAAGAGAGUUGCGGAGCAGGCACAGGUCCGAGCUGGGCUGAAGGGGAUCAAAGAGACCACACCAUCACCAGCAGAUCAACCUGUCUUGGAGAAAGAAGUAACCGAUGGAGUGGUUUUGCCUGAUACCAUCACACCCGAGAGCCAGACCCUCCAACUAAUGGUACUAGAAGAAAGCAACCAGUAUGCUGUGUCCACCAUUGGGGAUGUUUUGACAGUGAGCCAGUUGAUUUUCUAUCGUGGAAUAGCUCUAGCUGUUGCCAUUGCUGUUCUUUUAGCAGGCAUUUUAAUCAGGGUUUUUCAAUGA